AUGGCUGCACGUUCCCCAACAGAGGCCAACCCUGUCAUACCCCCAUUCAACCUAAAUGAGUUGGAUGAUCCGCUUCCCAAACCGGCCAGCGUGCCAAACUUGACCGACCUCACGGAGGCCUUGUUUGAUGAGGAAGUGGUGAUCGACCUGAAGCCGAGCUUCUCUUCCAGUGACCUCUUUAUUGCGGGUCAGACUGGCCAACUUCCUGAACGAGCAAAUGGCGCCGAGACGAAAGAAACCAGACCCGUCAUUCGCGCGGAGUCGGUCGUCUCAGAGCCGAUCGACCAGCGCGAAAUCGACAAGGUUUUCGAGACCAUAUCGCAAUCCUUCGGGGACCGUCCGGUAGAUGGACUCGAUGGCACCGACGAACGAGAGCGUGGCAGCCACGCGCCAUCCGACAAGAGCGAGAAUAAUCGGCUGGCGAACAAGUUACGAAAGAAGCCCACGACAGAUACCAAGUCGCCUUCGCCCUCUCCUUCGAAGGACGGCCGUUCACGCCUUUCCAGCCUCACUCGACGAUUCUCAAAUCUCCUAACCCCAUCCGAAACUGCUGAAGAACGGGGCGAAGAGCCCUCCGCUCUUCGAUCGAUCUUCCGUUCUCCAUCGCGCUCGAGCUCGCGCUCCCGCGCAUCGAGCCAAGGCUCUGAUCCCUCUCGGAGGCGGUCGGUCUUGCGAAGGCGGUCGACCUCAGCCGGAGACGCUCCUGGGGCUGCGAACAAUACGGAGACCGUCUUGGUUGAGGAGCCUGCAGCUGAGGAGUCGACGGACCGUGAGGCGGGCGUGACUAACAGCGGAGCCCCCGUAAGGCGGCGCUCAACGCGGAGGGGAAUGAACCGGACUGAUGGUGACUAUUUGUUUGCAUAUCUCGACCAUGAGCUCACUAAUUUCUCCCGUAAACCCCUUCCCAUCAGGGCUGCGGUUCUCCAUAAGACGAUUGUCGUCUGGCUUUCGAAGCAUCCCGCCAAUCCGAAGUUGCUUGCAUCACUCCCUGCGGAAGAGCUUGAGCGACGGAUUAACACCCUAGAUAAGUGGUGGACUGCGCUACUAGACCUCGUCACUGGCGAACAUCGGCAACGCUUGGAGGCCUCUAGCCGCCUUCAAGUCUUCACAGCGAUCACUGCUAUUAUGGAACGAGCGGAGUGGCGUGUUGUUCUCUCAAACGUAUACCCCACCGUUUCCGCCGUUCCAUCGCUUGCCCCUCCGGAAUGUCCCUCGGAGGAAUCCCUUGCUGCCGAUCCAGAGUACAACGCACAAGCGGCAAGGCCCGUACCUACCCUGCGCGAGAAGUUUAUCCAUACCAUGGAACGGCAACUCGAGUUCGCGAUUCAAGUGAUGUCGGAACAGCAUGUGACCGCCAGCGCCGUUAAGUUUUGCGGCCAGACUUCCGCGUACGCCUUCGUCUUCUGCCCUGGGUCCACGGAUCUGCUCAUUUUCCUGUGGAAGCCCACCCCUGAGUCCGUGUUGUCUGUCCUCCAAGCCAAUGAUGUCAAAAGGCGUGACAAUCUCUCUGCCAGCUCCAAUAUUCUUGCGCCCCGUUUCCCGGACGGUCUUCGUGAUUGGGCAUUCGAAAGCUUCGCGAAACUAAAGCGGGAGCUUAGGGUCAAUCCGAUUCCGAAGGAGAUGCCAGGGGAAGAGAAAAUGCGGCACCGCCUCCCAUGCCUUCCUGUUGAUAUGCCAGAAGGGAAGAAGAGAUUGUUGCUCGGCCCAUGGUUGCAGCGAUGGUGUGGGCACUCGUCCGAUCUAUUCCACAUAUUCUUCAGGUACUACCAUUUUCUGAUGGCUUCAUUCGUCCCGUUCGACCUGGAUCGAAGGGAUAUGAUGGCUAUCCCAGCCAUGGUCAUAGUCCAAGCGCAGCUCUUCAACAUCGUCAAAGCCAAGAUUCAACGACACUGCGAGAGGAACGACCCGUUGAAUGCGAUGAAAGGCAAAAUUGACAUCGAGGAACCCAUCUUGCUUUCCGCAUCGGAAUCCCGGAGUCGAUUUGACUGUUUGACCGACAAGGCGCUCAGCUACGCACGUUCUGGGUUGCUUGAUUUCGUUCAUGAUGCGAUUGAAGGGAGAAACAUGUUAGCAGCAGCGUACAGCGGUGUAUUUCGAGCACUUAUCAGCACCCACGAUAUUCAAGUUGGACGACCUGCCCUUGUCCGUUCGUUGAUCGAUAUCUCCGCCGAGGCGAUCUUCAUCUUUCUGCGAUAUUCGGAAAUGAGUCGCCGUGCGAUCGAGCUGCUGGAUUGGAAUUCCUGGGGCGCAUGGAUCCGAAAGAUCGUGCAAUUCAGAAACAAAUUCUGCAUGACGGAUCUUUUCGCCCUCAUCUACUCGCUGUGGCCGGUGCUGGGUCAUGACAAUGCCGCGGCUAUCAAGCUGUCGAUCUGCAUGGACGUGUUCUUGGACGAGGAAGUGUUCUGGACGUGCUUUUUGCAUGUUGAUCAUGAGGUGCGGAUGUAUUUUAUGCGUUUGUUGUGCUGGCGUUUUGCACGGUAUGAUGGCGUAGUUGGGCCACACGAUACGAUGAUCAUGCAAAUUCUGAACUUGCGUCUCGGCACUUUGCAUGCGUUCUGGCGUAAUCACGUUCAAAGGUGCAGCGCGCAGGGCAUCGCCCCUCCACCGUGUUUCCCUGAAAUUCCCAGCAUCCAUUAUGGGUUCGGAAUAAUACUCAAACAGGACACCGGACUUGCACGUCCAGGACUCCCAGCUUCAGCCCUAUUACCCCUCGAUAAUACGAUGAACGGUUCCCGGCCAACUCUAACUGUUCCGCCCCGAUAUUCCCGCCAGCGGGCAGAGCCCUUUAAUAGGGAGAGCUCCCUUUCACCAGAGGAGCUCUCCACUCUGUCGCUGUCCUCAAACGACAGCAACUCUCCUCCGCCCUCGGAGAAGAAGAAACGAUUCAGCCUCGUCGGUAGCAUCAAGGGAAAGAAAUCAAAGUCACGCGAAGCCUCUCCUGCUGGGGACGGCAGCCUCCCAGCCAAGCGUCCUCUCUCCGAUUCCUUUGCCCGCUCAUCAUCGACGGCCUUCCCGGCGUCCCCGUUCGCAAGUCCCCGCGCUCCCAAUGCUGGGCCCCGCGACCCAUCCGCGCUCCGUCCGGAUCAAUUCUAUCGCGAUCGGGCCAUGAGUGACCCGAACGUUACACGAAACCCACACGCGCCGAUGAUGCAGGCCCGAGCGCUCCCGGAAAUAUACUUAUUCCAAUUGAAACACCGCCACCCACCGCGUUUGCCCCCUGGGUUUGACUUCGGUCCAUCAGAUCCUCAUAACCUGUUCCCCCUGGCACACGAGUGUCUGCGUCUUGCUCAACCCACGCCAGCGGUGGGAAACCACCUAGAAUCUAAGGCUAUCGGAACCGAAAACCGAGAUCCGAUGCCUCUCCAUAACCCUGGCUACGUUCCCUGGAAGCAACCUCCCCCUAGUUGGGUCCCACCGCCUCGUCUCCCCCUACCUGCGCACCUCUACCUUAAAGACCUUAAUAUGUUAAGCGAUCCUGAGAGUCUCGCGGCGGAAGCUCCUCGUGGGUGUGCGGCGGAGUAUGAAAAGUUCAUCGGACGAGCGCUCAUGGAGUGGUAUCACUGCGUGGAGGAGUGCAAUGGGUUCAUGAGGAAGAGGACGCAGGAUGGAGUCCCGGAAAGACUGAUCGUGCCUCCCCUUCUGCAGAGGAGGCAAUGA